AGAAGAAAAUGGGCAAUGACGUCUAAGGUGGAAUCCUGCAGGAAGAGAGCUAGAGGCGGGCUCCCCACCAGGGUGUGGGCACAGUAUUUGCUGUCACUGCGCGGCUGGACGACACAAAAUCUUGAUGCUGACAAAUACGAGAACGAUCCAGAGUUAGAAAAGAUCCGAAAAGAAAGAAACUAUUCCUGGAUGGACGUAAUAACCAUAUGCAAGGAUAAACUACCAAAUUACGAAGAAAAGAUCAAGAUGUUCUACGAGGAGCACCUGCACCUGGACGACGAGAUCCGCUACAUCCUGGACGGCAGCGGCUACUUUGACGUGAGGGACCAGGAGGACAGGUGGAUCCGCAUCUUCAUGGAGAAAGGAGACAUGAUCACGCUGCCCGCGGGGAUCUAUCACCGCUUCACGCUGGACCAGAAGGACUACGUGAAGGCCAUGCGGCUGUUCGUGGGAGAACCGGUGUGGACGGCGUACGGCCGGCCGGCGGACCAUUUCGAGGCUCGCGGGCAGUACCUGGAGUUUCUGGCGCAGACGGCGUAGCGGCGCCCCGGCCUCGCUCGCCCCUCGCCCUUGGGAACGUCCGCGUGGAUGGCGGCAGAGCACCUGUCCCUCCUCGCGUGUCCGUGGUGUCCAUCGUGGGCCGGGGGGCGGAGAGCCGCCUCUGCAAGGUGUUUUAAUGAAAGGAGCUUUUCCUACAAGUGAUUCUUACGUGUUAGCAGCUCUGGGGAUGCGGGCAAAUCACAUUGGACCUGAUUCGAGAUCCACGCGUCAGUGCGCCUUCGAUUUUAACGCAAACGAAGCAUCUUCCAGAUGUGAGCACAAGCCGCUCCGGCCGCCCCGGGGCUGGGACGGUGGCAGAUGUCGGUCGGUGCCAGGCCCGCCCUGGUGGCAGCUGUGCGCAGGGGACAGGGGAAGGCGGGCCGGCCAGCAAGGGGACACUUCCUCCCAGAACUGGGUGGAGACUGCGGUGGGGGACGCUUGGGGGUCCUGGUGCACUUUCCUGUUGGAAACGAGGUCGCUGCCUGUGCUCUGGGCUUGGGGUCCUUAAUUCAGGAACGUGGUGCAUUAAAGUCCCCGUUCAGAUAC